GGCGAUGCGGAGAAUCGGGCGCGCGGCGCCGCCCAUGAAGACGCACACGGACUGCAUGACGUCGCGGCACAUGGUGCGCCUGCCCGGCUUCAUCGACGUGCACGUGCACGUGCGCGAGCCGGGCGCCACGCACAAGGAGGACUUCGCGUCGGGCACGGCGGCCGCGCUCGCCGGCGGCGUCACUAUGAUCAUGGCCAUGCCAAACACCAACCCUGCCAUCACCGACCACCACUCGUUCACGCUCGUCAAGGAGUUAGCAAGUGCAGGAGCUCGUUGUGACUAUGGAUUAUUCAUUGGUGCUUCAUCGGACAACUAUAGCCUCAUACCAGAGCUCGCUCCAUCAGCAGCUGGACUGAAGAUGUACCUGAAUGAGACUUACACAACCCUAACUUUGAAAGACCUCAGUGUUUGGAUUAAGCAUUUUGACAGUUGGCCAAAAACAUCUCCUUUGUGUGUGCAUGCUGAGAGUCAGACAACUGCUGCAGUACUACUAUUGGCCACACUCCACAGCAGACCUAUUCAUAUCUGCCACGUUGCUCGGAAGGAAGAGAUCGAGAUUAUAAGAGCUGCUAAAGAGAAGGGUCUGCCAGUUACAUGUGAAGUUUGUCCACAUCACCUGUUCCUGACACAGAAAGAUGCUGAAAGAUUAGGAGCUGGGAAAGGAAGUGUAAGACCAGUUCUUGGUACUGAAGAAGAUCAACAGGCACUGUGGGAUAACAUAGACAUUAUUGAUGUUUUUGCUACAGACCAUGCACCUCAUACUGUAGAGGAGAAGAUGUCAGAAAAGCCACCACCAGGAUUUCCUGGGUUGGAGACCAUCCUUCCUCUUCUACUGACAGCUGUUCAUGAGGAGAAAUUAACACUGGAGGACCUUAUUGACAAAUUUCAUCGGAACCCACGCCGCAUCUUCAAUCUUCCUGAACAGCCAAAUACUUAUGUAGAAGUGGACAUGACAGAUGAAUGGAUCGUGCCUGAGGCAAUGGCAUACACAAAGUCUAAAUGGACACCAUUUGUUGGAAUGAAAAUGAGAGGCUCUGUGCACAGGGUGGUACUUCGGGGUGAAGUUGCCUAUGUGGAUGGCCAGGUACUAGUCCCACCUGGCUAUGGGCAAGAUGUGAGAGAGUGGCAGACAAAGAAACAUCCCGUUCCCACAAUCCUUGAGCUCAGCAGGCCUCCAUCUAGUUUGGAUGACUAUAUUACCUCAGCUGAAAAUUGUGUGCGUUUUGCACCAGAGACAUUCAAACUAGCUGAUUUUUCUGAUGGUGAGAACAAGCUAGCAUUUGAAAAAUAUUCUAAGUUGAUAUCAGACAUGGCUUCAUCAAAACAACAGACUGGUUUUCCUGCUGCCCACGAUGGACUUGCUCCAAUUGCAGCACCACAGCGAAGCAUUUCUCCAUUGCCCUUGUUGCGAUACAAGAGUGACAGCAUUCCCAAUCUCCCCAGUGUGGUUCCUGCACAGUCUUCAUCAUUCAGCCAUGGGCUCACUGGUCAACAUGUUCUUUCUGUCAGUAUGUUCACUAAGGACCAGCUGAAUGAAAUAUUCAAUCUUGCACAAACACUAAGAGUGUUCGUGCAAAAGGAGAGGCAGUUGGAUCACGUAUUACGGGGGAAAGUAAUGGCUUCCGUUUUCUAUGAAGUGAGUACACGAACUAGUUGCAGCUUUUCAGCUGCAAUGCAGAGGCUUGGUGGAAGAGUAAUCUAUAUGGACGAGAGUUCUUCAUCUGUUAAAAAGGGUGAAACACUGGAGGAUUCGGUUCAGGUGAUGGCUGGAUAUGCAGAUGUUGUUAUCUUGAGGCAUCCAGAACCAGGAGCCGUUUCUCGUGCAGCUCAGCAUUGCCGUAAGCCCCUGCUGAAUGCCGGUGAUGGUACUGGUGAACACCCUACCCAGGCACUGCUGGAUGUGUUCACAAUUCGAGAAGAGAUAGGCACUGUGAAUGGCCUGACAAUAACAAUGGUGGGAGAUCUUAGGCAUGGAAGGACAGUGCAUUCUCUUGCCAGGUUGCUUACAUUAUACAACGUGCAGCUGAGGUAUGUGAAUCCACCAAAUCUUGGAAUGCCGUUAAAUGUUGUUCAGUUUGUUGCAUCAAAAGGCAUACCACAGGAAGAAUUUAGUACGCUGGAGGAAGCUCUUCCAGAAACGGAUGUCCUGUACAUGACCCGCAUUCAGAGAGAGAGAUUUCCAUCCCAAGAAGCAUAUGAGAAGGCUUGUGGACAUUUUGUAGUUACUCCUGAAUUGAUGACACUGGCCAAACGCAAAAUGGUUGUUCUGCAUCCUCUUCCACGUGUGUUCGAGAUCAGCCCAGAGCUUGACAUUGAUCCGAGAGCAGCUUAUUUCCGCCAAGCAGAAUGUGGAAUGUAUGUUCGUAUGGCACUGCUUGCAAUGGUUCUUGGGCGAUGUUGAUAGAAACUUUUUCAGAUGCAUUGUGAGGAACCUUUCAACCUUUACACUGUGAUAUGUACCCAUGAGUGAUAAACAUAUAUAUUUUUUUUA